AUGAAACAAUUUCUACGAUAUUUAACUACACAUACAAAGCAUGCUCAAUUCUAUGCUAAAUCAAUUAUAAAUCCAAUAGAUUAUAAACUAAAAUUUCCAACAAAAUUCAUACCAAAAUCUGUGUUGGUUUUUUCAACUCCUACUAAUUUACCACAAAUUAUUCAAGAUUCAAUUGAUUUGUUUCAAAAUGAACAAUUACAAGUCAUAGUUGCAGGGAUCGAUACAAUGAUUCCAUAUUCUCAUAGAAAUGGUGUUAGUGAAUUAUGGUUGGACCAGCCUAUAAAAAUUGGGGCCUCAACGUUGUUGGAAGAAAAAGAUAAAUUAAAUGAACCACCAAGAGAAAGUGAUGGAUUAAACCCUGUAACUGCUAGGAAAAAUUGGAAAAAUAUACUGGGGAGUUUAAAUAUUAAAUUAAAAAAUGAAAUGGAUGCUAGUAUUAGUCUAGCAAAUACUGUUUUUUCAACUGGUUCAAUUAUUACAUUAUUUUAUUUUGAUCCAAUAUUAAAAGUUGCACAUUCUGGCGAACAUUUAUGUGAUUUAGAUAUUGAGUUACCAAGAGGUGUAGUUCCAACACACUCGUCGGUCUUAAUUGAAGAUAAAUGGACUCCGUUGUAUCCUGGAGAACUGUUCAAAGUAACGGGUUGUGCUGGUAAUUUACUUAAAACUAUUGAGCAAAAACCAGCUGCCAAAUUCUUGGAGAAUAAUGAUAAGCUUAUGAGUUUAGGAAGUAAAGAAACAGAGGUGUAUGUCAAAUUGCGUAAACAUGGAAAUUCAUUAGUUGAAAGGUUCAAAGUAACUGCUGGUGGUGGCGGUUGGGGUGUAAAAGCUGAUUUAAUAGCAUUAUCGCCAGAGGCUAAACCUAAAAAGGGAGAUGAAGUUGAGUUUUUCAUGGUAACACCAGAUGAUAGAUAUUUAUCAAAACAUAACGAUGGAAACAUAAGUAAAUUUCAAAAUUCUAUAGCAUUUGCAAGAAGUUAUGAAGAAAUAAAUUUCAAUGAAUUUGAGGAAGAAAAAGAGCAUGUUUUUGAAAAUGUCUUUGGUUGUGGUUCUGAGCAUGGGUUUGUUUUUAACGGGGUCAAGCAUGAUUCACCCGGUGAAGCUAUCUAUAUAAAAUUAUAG